GGCCUUUCGCAUGAUGACUGAUAUUGGUUUGCAUCUGGAUCCGCAAAGGCUUUCCAGAUACGAAAAUCUGACCCCAGUCGACGUUGAAGCACGGAAAAGACUUGCUCUAGCGGCAUAUUCUUGGGACAAGGUCCUUAGUUUGACGCUUGGGCGACCUCCUACUCUUUCAAAACUAUGGGUAUCGGUGGAUGACAUCUUCGACGAUUACGACGAUCGAGAGUACUGGUACCCUCUGGGCUGCGAAAAUCCUGGCGAAUAUCGUGCAGCUCGUUCGUAUAACAGUGCAACUUUCAAGCAGCUAUGUCUACUGCUUGAGCUUGUGGGUCCCGUGUUGACAACAGUGGCAAGCCACGGACGUGCCCGUGUGACCGUUGGUCAAGUAGAAUCCAUUCAGAACCGCCUUGAGUCCUGGUAUGAUCAACUGCCGUCAGUGCUUCGCAUCGAUGACGCUGGUCAGCGGACGAUAUGCCCCCCUCCUCAUGUGUUGAGCUUGAAUCUAUACUACCGUACUCUUCUCUCAAUCUUAUUCAGACCUUUUCAGCAAACGUCAUCUAGUUCGGGAUCAACGAUUCAGGAAGUCAAGAAACAACUCCUCGCUGAGCAAGCCGCGAUCAUGCACGACUUGCUCACUCUUUACAGCCGAGCAUUUCAAAUCAAAGAAAAUACCUACCUGAUCAGCUAUUGCAUCUACACCGCUGCUACGGUCGACAUUGCCUUGCUGCGCGUUGGGGACGACGAGCAAAGGCAUGUCGCAUCACUUCGUUUGAGAAGUGCACUGGAAAUAAUUGAGUCCGAAAGUCGACAAGCCCCAGGCAUCAAAAGGAGCGUAGAUAUCAUAAAACGCCAGUUAAGAGCUACUACCUCGGAAAGAGAACAAGGAGAGAGCUCCUCACGACCUCAAAUCAACUCGCGACAGCAGUCUUACGAUCAAACCUUUGCACUCGUCGAUCCCAACAGCUUCCCACAAAGUAUCAACACUAGCGCAUCGCUGCAGGAAUUUGGAUCUUAUACUCAUGCCGGCUCAUCUCAGUACUUCGGAGCCUAUGGUGGUUUUGAUGAAUCACAAGCUGCCGUCCAUUCCGUUGAGAACGCCGGAUGGCAAGGUGGCGGUCAGCAUCAUGAUCCGAACAGCAGCUAUAAUCCCCAGACUUUUGGUUGGAAUUACGAUCACUAUCCGCACCAGGCAUUUUCUGGCGGCUCAAGCAUGUAUGGUUGGCCGCCGGGAUCUGGCAUGUCAUGAGCAGCGUGAAGGUACGGAUGGCGCAAAUCAUGAGAAACAAGCUCAUGCCUCAAUCCCAUCACACAUAUCAUCCCUUAAAUUUCGCGAUGAAUAACUACAAUGAUGGUUUGACUUGGCCCCAGCCAGGGGUGUCAAGCUGACUCCAGACCUCGUUGAUCGCAAUUUCCCAGUGCGAAAUAUUCGUGCCACCAGCCGGGCCUGGAUCACCGAAUGCUUGAACCUCUCGCUCUCCAUUCUCGGUAAUUUCCAGCAGAGAACCUCCAGGGACCGAGUCAUCUACGCAAAGGCGGUAUAACACUUCUGCAACCUGCUCCGGAGUGACCAUUCGGUCUUUUUCAAAAUCGAUCGUUCUCGCCUUGUGCUGAUCUUCCAUCAGCAUAGGCGAUCUUACUCCUCCAGGGCAUACACCUCCAACUUUGAUACCAAGCUUCUCAUUCAGGUCUCCCAGUGAGCGGACGAAUGCUGCCACAGCAUGCUUGGACGCAAAGUACAACGGGUAGCUGAUACCAUGUAACAAGCUUGCAACUGAGCAACACACGACCACUCGCUUUGGGUUGGACGGACUAGCCUUCGGCUGGCCUUUGGGUGGAUUCAUCCAAUGAGAUAAUGCCAGUUGCGUUGAGCGGAUAGGAUGCGUCACGUUCACGUCCAUGGUCAGAUACCGGUCACCGUGCGGAUCAUCACGGCUCUCGGCACUGCCGGGGGGAAACCAGAAAUUGCUGAAUUUGGGAUCGAAAAGACCUGCGCCGGCGCAAAGGAUGUCCACUUGACCAAAUUCUUUGAAUGCAACGUUGAACAUCUCCUCCAGCUCGGCCCAUUUGGUCACGUCGGUUUUCUGGAAAACGGCACGGGGUGAAGAGGUGAAUUUAUCGUAGUGUUCUUUCGCCUCCGGGCGAAGACCCAAGUCAGCGAUCAGGACAUUGCAACCUUUUGAAAGGAGCAAUUUUGCGAAGGCGAAGUUGAUUCCUAAUAAAGAAGAAAUGGAUAAGCAUGCAACCACAAAUA